GUUUAUUGUCUACCAAACCUAAAAUAGAACUCUCCCAAAACUACUUUCCUCUCUCUUUCCUUCCCCUCUUUAUAUCUCAUCUUCCUCAUUGCUUAUUUCAUUUCUCAUAUUCAUUGACAGAAGAAGACAGAAGAUAAGGAGGAAACAAAAAGAAAAAAAAAUAAAGAAAAAAGGAAAGAAAGAAGAAGAAGAAAAAAAUGGGGAGAGGUAAGAUUGAGAUCAAGAGGAUUGAGAACUCAAGCAACAGACAAGUGACUUACUCGAAAAGAAGAACUGGGAUCAUGAAAAAGGCUAAGGAAAUCACUGUUCUUUGUGAUGCUAAGGUUUCCCUCAUCAUCUUUGGUACUUCUGGAAAGAUGCAUGAUUACAUCAGUCCUUCAACUAAUUUGGUUGAUAUGCUGGAUGCUUACCAAAGGUCAACUGGGAAGAAGCUAUGGGAUGCUAAGCAUGAGGCUUUAAGUAAUGAAAUCGAUCGGGUCAAGAAAGAGAACGACUCUAUGCAGAUUGAGCUGAGGCACCUGAAAGGUGAAGAUAUCUCAAAUUUGAACCACAAAGAACUGAUGGCCUUAGAAGAAGCCCUUGAGAAUGGCCUUGUUGGUCUACGCGAUAAACAGAGUGAGAUUGUGAGGAUGAUGAGGAAAAAUGAUCAAAUGUUGGAGGAGGAGCACAAGCAGCUCCAGUACAUGUGGCAUCAGCAAGAACUGGCCAACAUGAAGGGCAGUGGAGUGGGUACUGAUCAGCAGAAUCAUGAUCAUGAUGUUUAUCAGAGGGUCAGAGACUACCAAUCUCAGAUGCCUUUUGCCUUCAGGGUGCAGCCAAUGCAACCAAAUCUUCAUGAGAGGAUGUAGUUUGAGCAAAGAUCUAUAAAAUAUUGGAGCCAAGAAAAUGUCAAGAAAAUAAAAAUGCUACCUUUUUCAAUCUUCUUGAAAAAUGUGACUUGAUUUCUUGAGGUCCAUGUAUUUAUCAGAAUAGCUUUGUGCAAAAGCAAACUUCAAUGGUACUGUUGUAUGUUAAGAUUGGCCUGCUGAAAUUUAUUGCUUUAGUACCAGUGCAUGUGUGUCUUUCUUGAGAACCAGUUUGUGUGGGUUGUUCUAUGCAUUUCCAAAUGAGCUACCAGAAUAUGAAUUUGAAAUAUUAUUACCAGAUUAAGAAUUCGUUCCAAUGGAAAACCUAGCUCGUUAGUUUCUUUUUCCUCCAUUAGAAUUAAGUCUGCUGAAUAUGAAACUGACUAUGAUUGACUCAAUGAUUUUGGAUUAUUUUAACGUAGGACAAAAUGCACUUUUCAUCGCCCAACUUUUGAGAGUAGCAACAUCCCUGGUCAAACUAGUCUCUUAAAAUAUUUUUGUUAUCAAUUUUAGUCAAUUUAACAGAAUUUUUAAAGACUUAAUGG